AUGUCUGCUGGUUUGCUAAACUUCAUCGCAGGAGGCUACAAGUUGUGCCACAAUAGCUGCAUUUGGGUGUGUCUAGAUGCACAAAACUUUAGCACUAAACCUAUCUGGAAAUGGGCUCAAUGCAGCAAUGCCACACAUUUAUCUUCUCAUCCAGAAACAGGCAUAGGGAGAACCAUUUUUGUCUGGUCUGAAAAGAUGCCAGUUUUUCACAGCACUGAUUUGCUAAACCUUCUGUCAAUCACACAGCUAAUUUCCCUUCUUCAAAUCAGGGCUGUGUUACAGUGUUAAUUGGUGGCUUUUGUGUUGGUCACAGGAGCCUGAUGAAAGGAGAAGUGGAACACCAUUUAAAAAUAAUGCACUAUAAAAAAUGAAAUUCAAAGUGAGCAGCCUGCCUAAGGUGCAAGGACAGGGAAUGAUAGUCAGGUUUCAGCCUGGAACCAGAUUGCAUAGACAAUGAAAAGCAAAUAUUUGGGAAGCUCACCCUGCAGCAGGUGGGGUAGGGGGAACCCACAUUCUUCUUUGCAGGUUCACAAUUUUUACCCCCAACAUUCCUGCUUCUAGACAAAGGAAGCACAAUCUGUUUCUCACUCAUGAUUCCAGAUACUAUUUAUUCAUAGUAGUCAGAUGCCCGGCAGCAGAGAUCGCAAAUUGGUCACAUCAAACCUGUGAAAAAAGGGAAUUGGUUCCAUUGUUAAACUUUCUAAUACAGAAAGCACCGUUUUUUGUUCAUUCUUGCGAUAACCUCAUGAGACUGUUUUCUAAUAGAGAUCCAUAUGGAUGGGAGAUAGGAAACUACCGCUUGCUUUCCUCUAUUGUAAGAAUUGUCAGUUUACCCUUUGCUCUCUGUUCUUCAGCCAGCUACCAACCCGCACAGGGCCAGUCUCGUUCACUCAGUCUGACAGAGACUGUCUUUACAUGCAGGGUAAGUCCCUAACUCACCGAGGGUGUGACUACCCUCAUUUGGGGUAGCCAGCCACUCAAAGCUGUUCCUGUGGUGUGGUGCUUUAAUUACAUCCAAGUGCAAUUAGGUGCAAUUUCCCCCUUUACACUUUAGGACCAAUUAGAGCAUUUAUCCCAGAAAUCUCCACCACACUCCAGAUUUAUUUACAAAAUAAUCUUGCAUGUGGGAUUGUCUCAAGAUAGGUUUGAAGAGAACUGAUGGUGUAGCUUUGUAUAAUGCCAUGUUUAAAGGACCAGUGGCUUGAAUACCACUGAGCAACCGCUGAUCAAUCUACCUAUUUUCUGUCUGAGCACUACCAUCUCGUGAUCUGAGUGUCUACAAAGCACAUUUGGUGGCAGUUGAUGUGAUGGGUUUCUAGUAAGUACCAUGUAGUUAUAGAAAAAGAGGUGCCGGAACACACCAUGAACACUUCCCUCGUUUUCUUAGAAUGGCAAUGAUGUGCACCUGAGAGGUGCCAGAACUGAGUUCUGGUGAGUUCCAGCUGAAAAAAAUCCCUGGUACCAUGUUAAGUAUUACAUUCAAUACGUAGAGAAUGGAUGAAGAUAGCACAAAGUUAGCAAGGUUUUGUCCUUGUCCAUUUUAUAGAGGGAUGCUUGGGAUGAACGUUCACAACCCGCAGCGGCACAUCUGCGCAUGCGUGGCUUGCAAUUUGGCGCUUCUGCACACGCGCGACCGCUGAAACCCGGAAGUAACCCAUUCCGGUACUUCCGGGUUUCAGCGGUCCGUAACCCAAAAAAACGCAACCUGAAGCGUCUGUAACCCAAGGUAUGACUGUAUAUGUAAAGCAUGAACAGUUACAAGAUCCAGAAUAUAAGGUACUAUAUUGUACUCCAUAUAUUGUAUGCUGAUGAAGAUACAGAGAGGCAAAACUAACUCUAUUAAUCAAGGAAUAACUGAAGGUAGAUAUUUGAUUAAUAUUGUUUGGUUUUCUUUCAUUAUAUCUACAAUAUAGCAUAGAGUGAAAUAUAUACUUAUUUUUAAAGGUAAACAGUGUUUCUGUGUGCUCUGGUUUUGUCACGGUGUCCCGUUGCGCCAGAAGCGGUUUAGUUAUGCUGGCCACAUGACCCAGAAAGCUGUCUGUGGACAAACGCCAGCUCCCUCGGCCUGAAAGCGAGAUGAGCGCCGCACCCCAUAGUCGCCUCUAACUGGACUUAACCAUCCAGGUGUCAUUUACCUUGAUUACCUUUUUUUAAACGUGCCGAGUCUUGUUAUUGUUUAUGCUUUGGUUUCCAAGGACCCCCUUCUCUCUUUUUACUUUAUUCUGGGAUUUUAGUUUCAUGUAAGUUUUAGUUUUAUGUAAGACCCUGAUAUUGGGAAAGAUUGAAGGCACAAGGAGAAGGGGACAACAGAGGACAAAAUGGUUGGACAGUGUUCUCGAAGCUGCCAGCAUGAGUUUGACCCAACUGCGGGAGGCAGUGGAAGACAGGAGUGCCUGGCGUGCUCUGGUCCAUGGAGUCACGAAGAGUCGGAGACGACUAAACGACUAAACAACAACAACAAAGACAGUAAGUGAUCCAGAUUGAAAAGCUUGGUCUGUAGCAUUCUGAGAAAUAAAAAUGAAUUAUUAGCACAGUGAGAUUUGAACACUAAAUGCUUGCUGACAAAGCCUUGCAAGUGCUGAUUUCACUGCCACUGUUAGAAUGUCAAAUGAGGGCGUGGCCUGAACUAAAGCUUAAUGAAUAGGCCAGGGUUCCUCACCUAAACUGCUCCUACUAGCAUCUUGGGUAAAUUGCCAUUGGCUUCGUUUCCCUUGAGAAAUGGGCCCAGAGUGUGCCUUUUAAUUUUAGGAACAAGAAAGGAUUAUCAAAGAUAAAUGAAUUCCAACAUAAAUGAAUUCUGGAGUCCCUGGCACCAUGUAAUUUUGGCUCUUGGCGGUAACUGAUAUUGUCCAAGGAGAAAUUACACACUUGUUGGUUGAAAUUAUAAAGGAAGGGCAAUAGAUGAAGUGCAUGUAAAUACAAAUUGCUUGUAAACUGUUGAUUUAUGUUAAUCAAACACGCAAUUAGACUAGUCACGCACUAGACAGGUUGGAGCCGUAAUUUCCAACUGGUUUUUCUUAACAAGGCUUGGCCAUGCUCUGUAUGCUAUUACGUCUACAGUAAUAAUGUAGCGUAUUAGAAAGGGGAAGUAAUAUAGAAUGCUAAGAGAAUUUUAGGAUGGAUAUUAAUCUUUCAUGUGAAUGAUAGGGAGACUACUGUUAAGAGCUUACUCGAGGUUUGCAUAAUAAGUGUAUGCUACUUGUGGGGAAAUGCAGGUGUGUGUCUGAGGGGACCUGAUAUUAUUUUCAGCCCAUUUUAAGAUUACUGUAUUUGUUUGGGAGAACCUUUUAAGAGAAUGCAGUUACAUCCAAGUGGUCUGGGAGUAUUUUUUUACAGCUCUUUUCAGCUAUAUGCAACACCUUUUGACUGGAAGAAGAAAGACUACAAUUGCCCAGCAUAUUCCUAGCUGGUGAGUUGCUCCUUGAUGCUGUGCUGCAAGGGACAUUAGCUUUAAAAUUAUAAUGCCUUAUGGGGUUCGUCAUUUUGGAAUACACCAUCAACUUGCAGCUUGAUCACCUGCAGUUUGAUGAGCUUGCAUUUCUCAUGAGCUCUGUCUAGAGUGAGGAGUAGUUCUAGACCCAUGGUUCCAAACGUGGGGCACAUUCCCCACAGGGCAGCAAUUUGAUUUUUAAGGUGGGCAAUUUGAAAAUGAUAUUUAUAAGAAUUAUAAUAAUUAUUAUAUGUCAUGGGGGGGUGCAUCAGAAUUUUAGAGAUGCUUAGGUGGGGCAUGGCCAAAAGAAAGGUUGGAAACCACUGCACUAGACGAUCUGUGUUAAUAUUAAUGGCUGUUGUCAAUGAAAUAAUAAUAAUAAUAAUAAUAAUAAUAAUAAUAAUAAUAUAUUUGUACCCCGCCCAUCUGGCUGGGUUUCUCCAGCCACUCUGGGUGGCUUCCAACAAAGAUCAAAAAUACAUUAAAAUGUCACACAUUAAAAACUUCCCUGAACAGGGCUGCCUUCAGAUGUCUUCUAAAUGUCAGGUAGUUGUUUAUCUCUUUGACAUCUGAUGGGAGGGUGUGCCUGGUUCCCUGUAGCUUUGCUUCUCACAAUGAGGGAACCACCAGAAGGCCCUCGGCGCUGGACCUCAGCGUCCGGGCAGAACGAUGGGGGUGGAGAUGCUCCUUCAGGUAUCCUGGGCCGAGGCCGUUAUGACUGCAUUGACAGGUCUGGAAUCCUGGGACAAAUCUAUUCUUUAUUUAUCUCCACUGCCCCAGCCACACACACAAACUUUUUCUGGGUUUUUUUUUAAAUUAAAAAAACAACAGUCUUUUCACUUUCACAACAGUGUAGUUAAAGGCCCUUAGGCCAGGCUUCUACUCCAACGCCACAAUUUACUCUCCUUUGACUCUUGCCACACGGGAGUUCAGCAUGAAAAAAGGACAGGCUCUAAAGCCUAGAAGAGGAGGAAGGAUUAAAUAUAAAACUGGCAAAGAGCCACAGUGAAGGAUUGUAAUGUCGGUGUUUGCAGUACUCUAGAAAGCCAAGCUGAGGGUGGUUCACUGUGACCAGUGUGUAAUGACUGUGGGGGAAAUUACCACAAUGGGAGAGAAACCAGCUGCAGUUGCUGAAACUAUAGUAAAGGAAGCCAGUUUAAAUGAAGGCUAGCCAUUUACCAUGCCUUGAAAAAGCAGAGUAUUUUCUCAGGGCGGUAAUUGACAGCAGUAUUUCACAAGGCCUUGGAUAAACUACAGAACAAUAUAAUACUGACAUCUACAGCAGCUAGGGAUUCCACCAAUAUGCAUUUACCUCUCAAAUUGCCGUUGGUUUUAUGAUGUUUAGAUGUUAUGUUUUGAAAUUGCUUAGUGUAGUCAUAAAACACUAUGUGUUUAUGCAGUCAUAAUAACGUUUUCAUGCACACUUGGGAGGCCAGCUCACAAAGAUACAAUCAGGUGAUUUAAAAACAAGAGGGAAAAUUCUUGAUUUUGUUAAUGAAUAAAAACUAUAAACACUGUGUCUUUUUUCUUUCUUUCCAUUAAAGAGGACAUAACCUGAGACCAGUUCAGUGUUGAUACGCUUAGCCCACCGGUGAUGGGAAAAUAACCCUUCUCCAAAUUUUGAUUCCUUGCAGCAUAUUGGUCAUGUCAGUCCGAACUCCUUUUUCGUGUGAGUUAUUUUGAAACAUUUUUGCUCACAACUAAGAAACAAAUCACAGAGCUCUAACUACAUUCCAGAUGGUUCUGCUCUUGUUACAUCCAAAAGAAAAAUUAGCGGGAGGGGGAAGCUAAUAUUUUAAAACAAGGUUGACUAUGCUUGAUUGAGCUUUCCCCUGAAGCACAUCAUGUCCUCUUUCUGAGAGUGGUCUUGCAAGUUGCAAAGAUGCAGACCUAGAUUUCUUAAGUAAUCACUGGAUGAGUUAUUGGAUUCAGAUGUAUUUGAGAUGCACUGGGAUGCAUCCAGCUAAGUUCUCAGUCAAUCCCAUUGAAAUUCAUUUACCUAAGUUAAGUUGUGUCUAUUAAUUUUAAUGGGUCUACUUUGAGGUGUUACUAGCAAUGGGUACAACCCAGUGUUCCCCCGUUUUCUCUUGCUCUCUAAAACACACACUCAGUUUGGUUUUAACAGAAUUCAGUAAAACAAUUACAAGUUUCCAACUUCUGCAGUGUGCUGAGAUCUUAAAGUGGCUUGCAAAGUUUAGCCAAAUUGAAACACCGACUUUUUACCUAAUUCUUUCCUGGAAAGCAUUAAGCUUGGCAAAACCGUUAUUGCUCAAACUGCAUUUAACGACAAUGAGCUGCAUAGAGGCAGACGUCUGUAACUCUCAAGGAAGUUAACUGAAUUUUGGAGUGAGCUUAUAACUCAAAAGUUUAAAAAUAAGCUCUACAAAGCUUCCUCUUCCUAUUCACCCUCCCUGAUAGAAUAUAGAUACAUAGAGCACUGUCAUUAGUUUGCAUUCUGUUGCUGCUGUCCAGAAAGAAGGAAGGCUUUGCUAAGGAACGGCAUUGUUGAGGAUGCAAAUAGGCCCACUAUUGCAGAUGUGUCUGUCUUUUGCUCGAUCACUAGUCAUAGCCAGCUGCAACAGGUCAAGCAUUUACCCUGCAAUACUUGCUAUAUGUGUGUUCUCUGAACUAAAUCCCACUGAGUUCAGUGAGACUCAUCUUUGGGUAAUGGGUGUUUAAUUGUUAUCUAUCUCCCUGCCCCUUUUAAAACAUCUUGUUGAGCCUUGAAGAAGAAGAGAGUAUCCCUCUGUUUGCCAUUUUGACCUCCUGCUUUCUAAUACCUUUACAUCAUUAAUUACAGAUUUUAUUGUAUUUAAAUAACAUUUUGUCUAGAAACAUGGAUGACUGCAAGUUGGCAAUUCCUGACCAUGACAGGGAGUUCAGAACAAUCCUUGACUUAAAAGCUUUCAAAACUCAUCAUGCCUGAUCGGCUGCAUACAUGUUGAAAGAAUUGUCACCAGUAUUACAAUAUUCAAAAUAUUAAUCUGGACGGCGAAUUGAGUUCUUGUCUCAUAAACCUACAUCCAUUGCGAUCUCAUCUUUGGUUUGUUCUGCCAGACAAGUGCCAAGAGCAAUAAUGACUGGCUGCCAGUUGGCCAUUAGCCUUUUCACUAGUCCUGAAAAGUCAUACUGAGGAAAUCCAUAAAGUUUUCAUAUGUGUUGAAAAAUGUAUAUAUUUCCAUGUAGGGUAUGACUAAUGGCAAUGCAAGCAGACGGCUUGUUCAUGUUUAA